CUUUAAGAGAUAACCGGAAGAGUCACACAUCAUGACGUGAUGAAAUGCGCGCGCACUUUGAGGAAAAGAAGCAGUGUGUGAGAAGAAGAAAAGUGUAAUAAACAGUGUUAAAGACAUGCUGAAGUACGCUUGUCUUUAACAUCACAACACAAUGGCAGCAGAGCAGCGCAUCAGAAUGCUUGCGUUUGGAGGAGAUGUGCUGGUUUUCCAGAGCAAGACUUUCGGCACAAAGGCCCGCGGCUCCGAGGUGUCCUUCUUCCGUUUCUCCUUCAACCAAGACUCGCAGAUGUUCUCCAUUAAAGAGCAAAACACCAUUCACAAAGACAGCUCUGCGGAGAUCGAGAUUAUUCACUGCUGCGCUGCUCUGGAUCAACAAAAACGGCAAAAAGUGCCUUGCGUUUUACUGCGGCUGUGCAAAAAGAGAGCAUCUGCUUUUAAAUACAUGCUUUACUCCAUAUGCAAUGAUGUGAAGCUUCAUGUGGAGUUUGUGUUAGUGCACAAUAUUAGGGAUCGGAUUUCAAUACUGCAAGGCCCCAUGUUUACAUGGAGACAUGAAAAUGUGGUUUACCAUGCAUCUUUGAAGGAUGGAGGAGUGAAGGAAGCGCAAAUUCCCUUUAAAGUCGAUUUCAUGCAUGAGCUUUCCAGAAAAAUAGUGGCACCUAAAGAGCAAGACCUGUUUUAUUUAAUUGAAGAUGCACAGAUAUUAGACGCUGCACGUCUUGUUCCUGACGCAUACAGAUCUGUGCUGCAAUGCAUGAUGGUUUUGUCUGCUGAAGAUGUGCAUGGAGAUUUAAAAUCAGCUGUUUUGGCGGCCACGAGCAUGAAACAGCUGGUUUACUUUGAGGACUGUGUUCCUCAGGAUGUGUGUGUUCUUCCAUAUGAGCGGCCGCUGGAUAUUCAGAUUCUUCACACGCUGAAAAAUGAGUGUCUUAUUGCGGUGAGCUUCGCUCAGGGGCAUGUCUGCGCGGUGUGGAAGGACACUUUCCAGGUGGCCUGCUGCUGGUCUUCUGUUCAUCUUCUGCUGGUGGAUGAUUUUCUGCGCUGCGGCUCUGAUCAGAUGCUCCUGCUGUUUGAGGACUGCAGCUCAUCAGAGCAGAUCAACACGUUCCUGCUGACGGAUCUGUGCGGCGUCACACAUUCGCACGGCCGGACAGACAGUGAGGUCUCGGACACAUCAGACGAGGUGCAGGAGAACCACCUGCUCACCGUUCAGGCUCUGGACUCCCGAUUGCAGAGCGGUCUGAUGUAUCUCGAGGAGCUCCAGAGAGACGUGCAGGUCAAAGACAGACUCGUCCAGCAGACUCUGAGUGCUCUGGCUGACCUGCUGUCCGGCAAACAUCAUCUCACACCCACCCCAGAACAGGUUCAUACGCUUAUGGUGAUGAUUAUUAUGAUGGUGAUCAUUAUCAUGAAGUUGUUGGUCCUGAUGUUGAUGGUUUAUGAUGUUGAUGGCCGUUCUGUUAUUGUUGAUAUUGCUGUGUGUUCAGAGGAGGCCAGAGAGGAUCUGCUGAGUCUGAAGGCUCUGCUGGCGGUUUGGCCUCUCCUCAUCAGGUGUUCUGAUCACACUCUGGCUGAUGUUCAGCUCUGGCUCCAGCAGUCUCUGGGUCUCCAGCGUCUGAUGGUGGAUCCACACUUCACUGUAGAUCCAUCUGGAGUCAUGCUCAUCCACUGGGAGCAGAGAUCACCGUUUCAGGCUGUGCUGAGCAUCUACUGCAGGAAUGAGCUGCCUGUGCUGCACUUCCUGCAGGCUCUGUGUGACUUCCUGCCAGCAUCUCAUGAUGUUCGCCUGCUGAAGAGUAGCGUGAGAUCAGCUGGAGGUUUGGCUGAGAGUCUGCAGACUGAGAUCAACACUAUAAAUCAGGGCGUGGCUUCAGUCCUCCAGCGGCCAGAUGAGGAGGAGCUACACGCACAUGGGGAGGAGUCGGCGGAGGAGUCACAUGGUACAACCGAGUCACAGAGGCUGCACAGGCUGAGGGAGGCGUGGUUGAGGGAGAAAGGGCGGAGCUAUGACAGGCUCCGCCCCCUGCUGGACUCCACAGAGUACAGCAGACUCACAGAGCAGCUCAUUCACACACAGAUGAAGACGGAUGAAGAGGCUCUGAUGGAGGUGGCGAAUGAAAGUCUGAAGUGGUCGAUCUGAAUCCACAGCAGAAGAGCGUUUUCUGCAGAUCCUCUUUCACUUUUCCACAGGAAUCAGUUCAUCUGUCAACAGUUCUGCUGGAAAACUGUUUAUAAAUAUAAACUCUAGCCUUAAACGUGUGGCAUCAGUGAGAUUAUUUUAAUGUGAUAAAAUAAACUCAUUCUGCUCACAAAUGCUG